AUGAGUGAAGCACCUACCGAACCUUCUGCCUCUGUCGCCGCGCCUGCUCCUGCCGUCGAUGGCGCUGCUCCGGCGGCGGGUUCCGCUGAGCCGGCUGCUGCUGCCCCUGGUGCUGCCGCUGGUGCUGCGAAGGACGGCCUGAGUCGGGCCGUUGAAGAAGCCGUGGUUGCGCAAGGUCAGUACGAGGUGCAAGACCUCCCACGCGUUAUGCGUGAUCAAUGUUCGUCUGUGCUGACCCUGGAAUACCUCGUACCCUUCUCCGAUGAUGAACGUGCUCCCGAUUCGUCGCUCCAACUUUCAACUUGCCAUUGCCCAUCCCGCUCCCCUUACACACCCCUAUCUGCAAUCACCCUUCUCCCCCUCUCGGCCCAACAGUCGAGUUUUACCUCUCCGACUCGAACCUCCCCUUUGACAAGUACCUGUACGACGUCUGGUCGCGUUCGUUCCACCAACCGGCGUCGAUCAUCACCUCGACCGCCGACGACCCUUGCUCGAACCCUUCGACCUUGACCGCCCAUCCCGAGUCCGAGCACCCUCGUUCCCACCUCGGUUGGAUCCCGCUGUCCCUACUCACCUCCUUCAAGCGUAUGACGCCUUACCUCUCCCCCGCUCCUACGGGACUCGGUUCGAUCGACGCCGUCGCGAACGUCGUCAAGGACCAUUCCUCCCUCGUCCAAGUCCGUCAGUUCGGUUCCGCCGACGCCGCACAGGAAGGUCAAGGGUGGUACGUGCGCAAGAGCGUCGAACUGAAGCGUCCGCAGGAUACGCUCGAACGAUCCGUGUACGUCAAGGGGUUCCCCGUCGAAGAAGUUUCGGUCGACGAUUCGGCCGAGAGGAAGAAGGCCGUCAAGGAGAACGAAGCCGAGUUGCAGGUCAAGUUGGAACGAUGGGCCAAGGCGUUGGCGGUCGGGAAGCUCGUUAGUUUGAGGAUGAGGAGGGAGGACCGACCCGUUCCGGCGGGAAAGAACCCCGUCAAGGGGGGUGGAAAGUUCAAGGUCAGUUUUUUUUUUUCUUUUUUUUUUUUUUUUCGGUGGAGGGGCCGCGGCUGUGGCGGCGGGUGGCGAUUUGACCUUCGAGAUUGAUCCGCCCUCUGUUCUGUUUCCAGGGCUCGGUUUUCAUCGAAUACGAUUCGGCCGACGCCGUAGCCAAAUUCCUUGCUCUCGACCCCAAGCCCGCGUUCGAAGAAGGCAAAGAAUUGGAAAUCAAGUCCAAGGCCGCCUACGUCGAAGAGAAGCGUCUCAUCUACGCCCCCGAUUCGAAACCGUUCGAGAAACCGACCGUGCCCGCGAACCCUUACAAAAAAUCCGCCAAGCCUUAUAAUGCCUGGGCCGCGAAACUCAUCUCCGAAUCGGGGUGGCCGGCUUUGGACCCCAAGUCCGCUGCGGCUAGGGAGGGAGGAGCGAAUGCGGAGGAGGGGAAGAAGCGUAAGGCCGAUGACGAGGGACCGGAGGAGAGACAGGUCUUGUUCGACGGGGUGCGUUAUACCGCCCGUCGAGUGGAUGGUCAAGUUGAGAUCGUCGAUGAGGAUAAGGUCGGAAUGGGGGAGGGCGAAUGGCCUACGGGCAAGGUCUUGCGUUUCGUCAUUUCCAAAAAGGAUGGUUCGACCGAGGGCGAGAAGGAAACCGGUUCGAGGUUCAAUCAUCUUCAAAUCAAGGAACAACUUUCUUCCUUGAUCAGGGUCGGCUUCGUCGAAUUGGUGGGUGCAGGAACGUCGGCCCGUCCAAUCGUUAACCUCGCGCCGGGGAAGGACCACUCGAUGAACGUCGAUGCUCCGAAGCCUAGCGAGUUUUCGGAAAAGCUCUCCGCGCCGCCUACGAUCAAAUCUUCCUCCGAGAUCAAAACCCCCGAAGCGUCUUCUUCCUCGUCCUCCGGCGUGAACCCAGAGGAAUACCCCGCUUAUUGUCAAGCGACCUUCAGGGACCACGUCACGGACGAGAUCUUGGCCAAGAUUCAAGACCAAGUUUCUGAAUACGAGGGAAGGAAGAUCGAAUGGCGUCGUGCUACCAAGGAGGAAGAGAGGGCCCAUGUCAUUGGGAGGGCUAGGUAUCAUGCUGGACAAGCUUUUGCGGUCGAUACGCGUCAGGAAGGAGGCCGUGGCGGACGGGGUGGUGGAAGGGGUGGGAGGGGUGGAAGGGGUGGCCGUGGGGGUGGAGGACGAGGUGGGGGAAACAAGCGACAACGUAGGGACUGA